CCUCUCCUCACCUGCGCCUAGGCUGGUUGACUCUUUUGCUACUCGCACCCACUUCUUCGAGGGCCGAUCGUGUUUAUCCACUCUUAUAUCAUUGUGGUUGGUUUCUCCGUCCACCCUUUUCAUAAUUGCUCGAUCUAUUUGGUCCCUGUAUGCCGUACUACCUGGCUACUAUGAGACGCCAGGCGUCAAUCGGUUAACUAGGGACAUACCGUGGUGGUUAUCUGUUUCCACAUGCGAAAUACAUUGUAUUGGUGGGCUCCUGAUUUCCCUGGUACUGGAUUGUAUCGCGUCCUUUCGGUGUCAACUUCUGGAUCGCUAGGUUCUGGUAGCCCCUGCGGCUUUUCUGCGUUCUUCCAUCGCAGUGUUUCACCCACACUGCAGCCCGAGGUCCGCACAUUUCAUUCAAAUGCUGACUGUCAAUCGGGGUGUGAUGCGCCGACUCAGUUCACUUUUCUACGUCAGAUACCAGCAGAGAGUCUCAAUUCGCUGACGGUGUCAAGCCACGAUGCAGGCUGGUUAAGUACCCAGUCUUCUUUCUAUCAGAUUCUAACCGCAAUUAACACACCGAGGGUUAGGAAAACCUUGAAUUCUUUCACAGGUUGCUUUUUGGCUGCUUUGUAUACGUUAGCAAACCGAAAGAAGAACAGCCAUUGUUACCACGAGGCACUGUCGUAUCCAUUGAGGUCGAUUGUCAAGUCAAGACUUCCCAUCGAAACAUUCCUUUAGGGCUUCUCUACCACCUUAUAGCACCCGCCUUGCUUUGCGGCACUGCUUGCCUCGGUCACACUGGUUUGCGCCCCGAGGGAGCAGCAAAGGCGCAUUAGCAGUGACGACAGAUCGGAGACAGAGCCACCAUAUUCGGAUUAUUCUUUGUUCCUAUAAUCCUUCUUUGG